AUGGCUCUCCUGUCGCGCUCUUCUCUCCGCGGCUCCGUGCGACGAGCCCCCGAAGAACCUGCCGACGGUCUGGCACCGCCGACAAAGAAGCAGCGCAUAGAGGAAAAUGGCCCCGGCCACCGCAAGAGCUCCCCAGACUGCCUCGACUCCCCGGCAAAAGAUACUCCGACCGCAAACCCUCACCCUGAUCCGCCCUUGAAACCCUCGCGCUCGCGCACCUCCACCCGUCGCACUCGCCGCGCCUCCUCCGCCUCCUCGGUUGCUACGGUUGCCUCAACCGUGGGGCAAUUGGCGACGCCCGCGACGCGCAAAACCGCCAAUGGCACCGUCAAGAUCCCACGCGCCCAUCGUGACCAAAAUACCUCCUCCGCCACGGCGGGCUUACUACACGAGUCGCCAGACCCAUUGGACACAAUUUCACCUGCGCCGCCUUCUGUAGCUCAGAAGCCGCGCACCGCUACCCUUGAUGCAGAUGUGGACGCCGAUUACAAACAGGCCCUUUCGCCUGUGAUCAAACGCGCACGUCGCAACGAUAAGCCAUCGCUGGCCGAUGACGACGACGGGAAGGUGGUGAAGGGAGGCAUAGCUGUGGAAGUCGCGACUCCACCUCGAAAGAGCAAUCGCGACGUGUCUAAUGGCGAGCAGUCUGCACCGGUGGAGACGAGGACGGGGAGACGGUCGUUGCGCUCGGCUGACACUGGAUCACGAUGCAAGAGCGAGCUCGCGCAGUAUUUCCACAAUUACGAACAGAUUAUCAGUCUGGAAGAACCUGAACCUGAACUUCUCGCCGCUAAUACAACCAUUACUCUUGUCGACGACCUACCCCAACCACUACCUUCUCCCUCUACGCCUACAUCAUUCGGCAACCCAUUACUCAACCUCCACGAUUGCGAAAAGAUCACUUUACCAGAGUCUAAGCCAAAUCCAAGCGGAAUCGACCCCCUGGGCGAAGAGGUCUACUUCCGCGCGCACCGCAAGUUCGAACGACAAGAAAAGCAACUACGAAACAUCGAGCGCAACCGCGCCCAACAUGAACAACAAGUCCUGGAGCGUCUCCUCGAAGAGCUGCGCGGCCAUGACUGGCUACGGGCAAUGGGCCUGACCGGAGUCCACGAAAGCGACAAGAAACUGUACGCACCGAAACGCGACAUCCUGAUUCAGGAGCUGGUCGCUCUAGUCAACAAGUUCCAAGCCUGGAAAGACGAAGAUCGCCGUCGCAAACAGGCAAAGGACAAACCCGUCCCAGCUGGCAUCGACACCGACUCCCGGAGACAAUCGCGCAAGCGAUCCCGUCCAGCCGAAGACGUAGACACCUCCCCAGCACCGACCGAGUUCCAGAACACACCAGAUCCGGACCCAAGCGACGUCGACGCCUGGGCUGCACGCCAACUCCACGAAGAAGCCCGAUCUGCAGGCGCCGCGAAAGUGCGCAAGACAGCACCCGCUGCUCGCAAGUCUAUCUCAAAACCUACUCCCCCCAAAACCAACACCACCAAAACGAAAACAAAAACCUCCGCCUCCGAAAAAGAAAAACCAAAGCCAAGCCCCAAGCGAAAGAAAGACCAACCUCCCGAACCACAAACUCCCUCGAAGGCACCCGCCCCAAAGAAAAACCUCCAACAAGCCUCUCUCUCACAUUUCUGGAAUCCUGCCCCACAGGAAAGAGAUGCCCCAUUCACAUCAUUCUUCUGCCAGCGCCACGUCCGCGAUGCAGCCAUCGCUGCCACCAACGGUAUCCGUCGCAGCGGUUCCCGCUCUGCGCUUGCCUUCGGACAUCCGGUGCCGGAUAUGGAAGAGCGCGAGUUCGAGCUUCCGCCGGAUAUCCUGAAUGAGGACUCUAUUCAGCAGUCGCAGCGAAAGAGGCGGAGGUUGAGGCGGGGGAGUCGGGGUAAUUAA